AUGGGCCCUCCGGAUCUUUUUAGCGCUACUGUUCUCAGUUUGGCUUUAGUUGGUGAUAUUACGAAUUGUCUACUGAUAUAUGUUAUAAUAACAAGAUCUUCGAAUGAAAUAAACUUAUAUAGAUAUAGCUUAUUAAAACUAACAAUUUGCGAUUUGAUCUUCUCCUUAUGUGGUGUCUUCCUAACUGGCCCAGACAUUCUUUUUCCUCUUCCUGUGGCAGCUAUCAAUGGACUAGCCCAAUACUUUGGUGAAGAAGGAUCACGUAUAUCGGUAUGCAUUCUUGUCAUUAGUGGUAUGACUGUGUUCACUGCGAAUAAUGACUGUUGCUUCACACGAUUAAUGAUUAUUUAUCAACGCCAGGAUUUACUAGACUUCACUUUCUCCUUCAGGGGUUUCAUAAUGGUUAUCGCUAUCAACAUAGUUUUCGCAAUUAUUGUCACACCGCCACUCUACUAUGCGGCUAACCAGAACGAGUUUGUUUUGGAGACAGUUCAAAAUAAAAAUUUGACACAUUUCUUGCGCCAAUACGAGUUUGAUACAACUGCAGUGUUUGUUACAGUGGACAUAUAUUCUGAUAAAGCAAUACCAUUAGCUAUUAUUACUGUAUUUGGGCUGGGAGCGUUUUAUGUGUGUAAUCUGGCAGCAUCCAUCUUCACAGCAUGGAAAGUUAAUAAUGCUCGCGAACAUCUAUCUGAAUCAAGUUAUAAACUUCAACGUCAAUUGAGUAUAAUGUUGGUGAUACAGAACUUAUAUCCUAUCGUGGCAAUUACAAUUCCGUUGAUAGUUGUUAUGCUGGUUGUUACGAAUUGGAGUGGUGGUAACAUUCCCCUAUUUCUCUUCGACAUCCCGUACCUUACAGUAACGAUGUACCCGCUGGCUAGUGGCUCACUUAGUUUCUAUUUCGUCGGACCGUAUCGUAAAUUCCUAUUUGAGAAGUUCUUCUGCAGAGACAACAACUCUAUUCGUUCAGUUUCUGAACGAACGAACUCAGCUCAUGUUCAGAAGCCAAGGCUGUGA